AGAAAACUGAGAAGAUCCUGAGAGAGUUCCUCCGAUUCUACGAGGACCAAUAUGGUGUCUCUCUCUUCAACAGCAUGCGCCAUGAGAUCGAGGGCACCGGGCCACCGCAGUCGCAGCUGCUCUGGCGCAAGAUGCCCCUGGAGGAGCGCAUCAUCUUCUCUGGGAACCUUUUCCAGUACCAGGAAGACAAUAAGAAGUGGAGAAACCGCUUCAGCCUGGUGCCCCACAACUAUGGGCUGGUGCUGUACGAGAACCACGUGGCCUAUGAGCGGCAGAUGCCACCCAGAGCCAUCAUCAACAGUGCAGGCUACAAAGUUCUUACCUCUGUAGACCAGUACCUGGAGCUUGUUGGCAACUCCCUACCAGGGAUCACAUCGAAAUCGGGCUCCACCCCCAUCCUUAAGUGCCCCACACAGUUCCCGCUCAUCCUGUGGCAUCCUUAUGCCCGUCACUAUUAUUUCUGCAUGAUGACAGAAGCUGAGCAGGACAAGUGGCAGGCGGUGCUUCAGGAUUGCGUCAGACACUGCAACAAUGGGAUUCCUGAGAACUCAAAGGUGGAGGGCCCUGCAUUCACUGAUGCCAUCCGCAUGUACCGCCAGUCGAAGGAACAGUACGGCACCUGGGAGAUGCUGUGUGGGAACGAGGUGCAGAUACUAAGCAACCUUGUGAUGGAAGAGCUGGGCCCAGCACUGAAGGCAGAGCUUGGCCCACGGCUGAAGGGAAAGCCACAGGAACGGCAGAGACAGUGGAUCCAGAUCUCCGAUGCUGUGUACCGCCUGGUGUUUGAGCAGGCCAAGGUGCACUUUGAGGAGGUACUGUCUAAGUUGCAGUUGUCCCGGCCAGCCAUGGAGGCUGUCAUUCGCACUGACAUGGACCAGAUCAUCACCUCCAAGGAGCAUCUGGCAAGCAAGAUCCGGGCCUUCAUCCUCCCCAAGGCGGAGGUGUGUGUGAGGAACCACGUCCAGCCCUACAUCCCAUCCAUACUGGAGGCCCUGAUGGUACCCACCAGCCAGGGCUUCACUGAGGUACGGGACGUCUUCUUCAAAGAAGUCACAGACAUGAAUCUGAAUGUGAUCAAUGAGGGUGGCAUCAACAAACUAAAUGAGUACAUGGAGAAGCUGUCACAGCUGGCGUACCACCCCCUGAAGAUGCAGAGCUGUUACGAGAAGAUGGAGCCCCUGCGGCUUGAUGGGCUGCAGCAGCGCUUUGACGUGUCUAGUACAUCUGUGUUCAAGCAACGAGCCCAGAUCCACAUGAGAGAGCAAAUGGACAAUGCUGUGUACACCUUCGAAACCCUCUUGCACCAAGAGCUGGGGAAGGGACCCACCAAGGAGGAGCUGUGCAAGUCCAUCCAGAGGAUUCUGGAGCGAGUGCUGAAGAAAUACGACUAUGACAGCAGCUCUGUGCGCAAGAGAUUCUUCCGGGAGGCACUGUUGCAGAUCACCAUUCCCUUCCUGCUCAAAAAACUGGCCCCCACCUGCAAGUCGGAGCUGCCACGCUUCCAGGAACUGAUCUUUGAGGACUUCGCCAGGUUCAUCUUGGUGGAGAACACAUACGAAGAGGUGGUGUUGCAGACAGUCAUGAAGGACAUCCUGCAGGCUGUGAAGGAGGCCGCAGUGCAGCGCAAACAUAACCUCUACCGGGACAGCAUAGUUCUGCAUAACAGUGACCCCAACCUACACCUGCUGGCCGAGGGUGCACCCAUUGACUGGGGCGAACAGUAUGGGGACAGCGGCGAUGGCAGUGACAGUGGUGGCAGCCCCAGCCCUUCUGAAGCAGCCACACUCACAGAAAAGCGCAAGCGUGUCAAGCAGGUGGUGUCCGUGAUCCAGGACGAGGAGUCAGGGCUGCCUUUUGAGGCUGGCUCCGAACUGCCUUCACCUGCAUCCCCGGACAGUGUCACUGAGCUCCGAGGCCUGCUGGCCCAGGAUCUGCAGGCUGAGAGUCCCCCACCAGCCAGCCCCCUUCUCAAUGGGGCCCCUGUCCAGGAGAGCCCCCAGCCCAUAGCAGUCCUCGAGGCCUCCUCACCACCAGCCUCACCCCUUGGGCAUCUCCCACCUGGAAAGGCUAUGGACAUUGAUAUCCCUAAGCCCAGUGAUCAAGAGACUGGGGAGCAAGUGUCCAGCCCUGGUAGCCGUCCCCCCAUCCACACCACCACUGAGGACAGCGCAGGAGUGCAGACAGAGUUCUAGGCGUCCUCUCCAGGCUUCUGUUGGAUGCUGCGCUGGGCCACUUCUCCUUGGGCACUAUGGGCUCAUCUCUGGGGAGGGGUACCCCAGCCUGUGCCUUGUGGGGGAGGGGUCUGGGGUGGUGUGGCACCUCCAGGGUCUGGCUUACCCAAGUCACUUUAUGGGGUUCAGUAUACCUGUUACUGCCCCGUUUUUCUGUGGGCUGGUCUCCGAUGCUAGGUCUGAUUUUGAGGGCUUCCUCUUUAUGCAAGGGGCUGGUGAGCCUUUCUUGCCCUCAUGCUGUCAUGUUGGUUCUUGUCGUCUUUGGAUGGAGGUGGGUGAAAGCACUGGUGGUGCUGUUACUCAAGUCUAGGAAGCUGGUAAGCUCUGUCAUCUCACUCGGGGCUCCUUGGUACCAAGGUGGCAGGAAGAGGAGGGGGCCCACUCUCUGUCCUAUCCCCUCUCUGCAGGCCCAAGAUUAGAUAGACUUUGAGUGUCACUGGCCUCACUUUGCUGGCUAUUGCUGUGGGAGGGUGGGGCUUGGGGGGGUCUUAUAGGGGAGUGUACAAGGGAUCUGUGAUGGAAAGAGAAAGGCCCAGAAAGUGGAAGUAUCUGCAGGGGAAGUGUCCUGGGGGCUGGGGGUUGGGAGCUUGGGAGUGUCCGAUUGAGGCCAGGAUGGCAAAAUGAAGAAGCUGGAAGCUGGAUUGUCUUGGGUGCACAUGGUUUCUGUCCGUCUGCCUGGCUCCCCACCCCCACUUUGGGCUUACAACUGCCAUUGGAAGAGCUUGGAUGUGGGCUGUCGUUCCCCAGAUUUUCCAAGGUACUCCCUACCUGCCAGGAAACUGGAGGGGCUCCUGAGGGACAUUGAGGACCAUGGCUUUCCGAGAUACUAUUGAAGACCAUACUUGGCCUUUGAGUCCCACUCUAACCCUGACAAUUCUAGACCUCUCUUCCAGUGUCCUUGUGAGCCAUUUGGGUUUUGUCUCCUUAGUCAUGAGGGUCACAGCAAGCAAGGAUGACUGAUACAUGACCUUCACCUUGGGCCUCCCCAGACUUACACUGGGGUUGAGGAGAGCAAGGAGACACUGCCUCUUCAAGGCCCCCAGGAGGUCUCCUCCCAGCCAUGUUCUUUGUCCAAUGGACUUGCUCUCCAAGCAUGGGCCCAAGGCCCAUAGAAUGUGGCUGGUAUGCAGAGAAACCCAAUGCCCCAGCCCUACUCAAUCAUGUCACUAAUUUCUUCUGAUGCUCUCUAGUGCCUUGGGGGUUUCCAUCUCCCUUCCAGAUAAGGUAUGAAGAAUCUAUGCAAACUGUGUAAGCUUCUGCUCCUGAAUAAAUGCUUUAUUUAAAGCUCA